GAGGAUAUGGUGGGGAGGAAGCUGGGCGAAUAUGUUCCUACCCGCAAGCGGUUCACGUACAAGCAGUCCAAGAACAAAUAAGUGGUUCUGGCGGCGGUAUGGGGAUACCGUUCGAUGGUUCUUGUCGCUGCGUUUUCGAGACCUUGGCACUGGCGCUUACGGGUGUUGUUCCUGGGCGAGCAGCAUUAUGGGAUGGGAUCGUGAUUGGGACUGCUACGGCGGUUGUUCCAAAUGAUCAAGGCAGGGAAUGUCUACUGGAGGGUAACAGAUCUGGCUGCUCUGCGGUAUCGUCUCCCUGUCGAGGCUCUUCCGUCUUCUACUGGCGGGAUGUGUACAUCUACACAUAUCUGUAUUGUAAAAAUAGCGGUUACUGUGUUGGAGUUAUUUAGGUUUUGCGAAAGUCAAUAUUUUCAUUCUGGAUAUCAGAGUUGUAUACUUGUUGGGUUGAACACCAAUGAAUAUGUGUCCCAUUCAGCCUUCCAAAAACGCCUGCGAGCAAAGUUCAGAAAAGGAAAAUUCUUUUCGAAAUAUAAGAAACCCCAAUGCAGGAUAUCCGUCGUCCUCAACCCGGUAUGUACGCCAAAUAAAAUUGAAAAAUCUGCCUUCCCAGAGAAAGCCACCAUAAUCCCUCUCGCCAAGACUGCGUAUGAAUAUAACGUCAAAAUCUCUCAUAAGUCGCCCAAAUCUCGUGGAUGAGCUUUAUCAACCGUGCAGACGGAGAAUCAUUCAGGCCAAGCGGAUGACACCCGGUC